AUGGAUAAUAAAUUGAAAUGGAGUCUAAUUCUCGCAGGCGUAAUCAUUGUAGCAGGCCUUGCGAUUUGGGGUGUGUGGGUCCUGAUGAAAAGUUUUCGCGAUAAGCAAAAGGAGAAACUUAAUGGAAAACUUAUUGGUUGGGUUAUCCAAGCUUCUCAUGAAGCAGUAGAAGAAUUUGCUGAAAAAAAAGGAAAAGAAGUUUUAGAGGAUACGGGUCUAGUGACUGAGAUCGCAGGUGAAUUAACCAUAGAUAAUUUUACUACAGAUAAUAUAAAGGAUUCUAUAGAUUCAGUAGCAGAGAGUGUUAUUAAACCGGAGAAUAAGAAGAAAAUUACGGAUCUCAAAACGAAUGGCAAAUUAGAUACCGCUAAAAAUAAAGCUAAUGCAAUAAAAGAAGAUGAGAUUAAAGCUGCAGCAAAAAAUAAAAUAAAGGAUCUAAUGAUUAAAGCUGUCAGGAAAGAACUUGAAGAAAAAUGUAAUAAGGAAGCGAAAUCGGCUACAGAAGAUGAAGUGAAAAAAGUUGUUGAAAAAGAAUUUGAUGAUCAAAAUGACAAAACGAAUAUCAUCAAAGAAGCUAAGAAAGCUGCUGUUAGAGAAACGGAAAAAUUUACUCCCGACCAAUUUGAUGCCUUAAAAAAGGGCAUUAAAAAAGACGCUAAGACAUCUCUUAAAAGAUCGGAAGAUCUAAGGUAG